AUGUUCAAAGAAUUCCACAGUCUAAAGCUGGAGCAUCUAAGAUGCCUAAAAGAAGUGGGGAUAGUCGCAGCAUUUGGAUACAGAACAUGUAUUGUUAUGAACGAUGAGCUGGAGACUCUCUGCAGAUUUAUAGAUGCAAAUAAGGAUGAAAAGUACUACUGUGGAGAGUUCUUUGAAAAUAAAAUGAGUAACUUCUGCUCUCCAAACAAGUAUUUUCUGGUUUUGGGUGGUGAAACAGGCGUGAUUAAAAUAUUAGACAUACAAGAAGGCGUGCUGGCAACAUUUCUUACUGGACACACAGGCGCAGUUUGUGAUAUUAAAAUUCUUGGCAACCAUAUUGUUAGUAGUGGAGAAGACAGCUCAAUAAGAAUAUGGAGCCUGAGGUCUCUUAAAUGCAUCGGUGUUUGCGGUGGGAUAUUUGGGCAUAAAGACCAUAUUCUAUCAAUCGACAUACUAUUCGACCGCUCCAUGAUUGUUAGUUCGGGAACUGACUGCGUGAUCAAGCAAUGGAAAAUUGAUGAUUUUAAAAAGAGAUACUUGAAUUAUGAGCCAUUCACCUCAUUCAACAAUAUCCAUUGUUGUCCUAUCAGCAAGAUUAAGUACUAUGGCAAUAUGAUUGUUUCUCUGUGUAACAACACCAUCUCCAUGGUUUUCAAUAACAGAGAGAAGAUUGACAGCAGCCUUAACUUCAACAAAAACGAUCCUAUUUUUAUCGGGAGCAUAGAUUUAUUUAACAACUGUAAAACGUUUGACAUUUUGGGACACAUUCUUCUAGGAAUGGGCAGCAAUGGAGAUGUCUACAUUUUCGAUUUAAGAAGCAUAGCGGAGGAGAGCAUGCCAUUGCUGAUGUCCACAAAUGUCAAUGCUGCCGAAGAUUUUAUAUUUAUGAAUGACCUUCUGUACAUUUCAUCUGGCAAUGCUAUUCACAGAAUAAAGCUUGAUCUUUCGUAUUUCAAUGACAAGUAUACAGUCUAG